AUGUAUGUCCAGAAAAGCUCGGAAGCAAGCGAGAGUUGGACUUGUGAACCUCUUUCUGGAAGGACGCUGUGUGAGAUUGUUCAAGGCGCCGAAAGUGCAGCUGAUUUAGUAACUUACAUUCGCAAGCCAGGGAUAAAUUUGGAUUUCAAGUUGAGGUUUAUUGCUGAUCAUGAAGAGUUCUUUAAAGUACAACUACCGGAUCGAAAAUCAAGAAUAAGAACAUGCCACAACUUAAAUGAUAAGGGGAUACGAAGUGAUACUGUUUUUGUCUUCGUGCCUGGGUUGGCGGGCAACUUAGAACAAUUCGAACCUUUGCUCAAGCUAGUUGACUCUGAUCGGAAGGCCUUUUUGGCAUUAGAUUUGCCUGGGUUUGGUGAUAGUUCGGAAUGGAGCGAUUACCCCAUGCUGAAAGUGGUAGAGCUUAUUUUCAUCCUUCUAUGUGAUGUGCUAAAGGGACGGCCUGCUGUAUUAUCCAAGGAUGACAAUUUAAAUUUUUUUAAUGGCCACAAAUUAGUCCUUGUAGGUCAUUCUAUGGGUUGUUUUCUGGCAUGUCAUCUUUACGAACAGCACCUGGUUGAUGCAAAAGUGGUGAAGACACUAGUUUUAUUGACUCCUCCAAAAGCUCAUAUCGAGCAGCUUUCAAAAGAUAAACGCAUUUAUCAAUGGGUACUUUAUGGUGUCUUCAAGAUGCCAUGGUUACUUGACAUUUAUAGGAACAAAUUUGAUCAGGUAAAAGGUUUGCAAAGCUCCGGCAUUAAGCAGUAUUUUUACCAAGAAAAUGAUGAUGUCACGUUGAAAUAUAGAAAGUUUUGGCAAUUUAAAAAUAACAUAAACAAUAAAAGUAAAACUAUCAUAGGUUAUUUGCUCGGAUGGCAAAAUGUUGAUUGGGUCAAAUUCAAUGAAAAAUUGGCGCACACGGGUAUGAAACAGAACAUAGUAAUAUUUGGUGCAGAAAAAGACCCUAUAGCUCCAAUCAAAAAUUUAGAAUAUUAUAAAGAAGCCAUCGAUAAGGAUUGUCUUCGUAAAGUGAUCAUAUUACCUGAUUGUUCGCAUAAUUUGUGCUUUGAUCGUCCAGAAUUAGUUUGCGAGAAUUUUCAGCAAGAAGUAAUUGAUAAUGUGAAUUCAUAG